UUCAUGUGUGCACUAUAAGAGAAUAGAGUCACUGCGAGCUGCUGCACUGGACAAAAGGUUUUCCAUCUCAGGAGGUUUUGUGCAGAAAUCCAGACAACAAGCAGCAGCCAUGAAGUUCCAGGCUCUUUUCUUUCUUCUGCUCCUCACCUGCAUGUACCUGAGUCUUGCUCAAGGCUCAUAUGGUGACUGCUGCAUCGGCUAUGUUACGGAAAUGAAAGCAAACGUGAGGAAAAGAAUUGAAAGUUACAGGAUGCAGGAAACAGAUGGUGAUUGCAACAUCAGAGCCGUUGUGUUUCUGAUGAAGAGGCGACCUUCACAUGAAAGACAGCGGACUGUCUGCGCCAAUCCAAAUGACAUUUGGGUCCAGGCACAGAUUGAUAUUCUGAACAACAGGAAGAUUUAG